UCCUUUUAAUUGUCUUUCGAGCUUCAGAUUGUUUGGUGUGGUUACUGUGCUCGCUUUAACUAUUGAAACCCUUUAAACUUAUUGAAUCUGACCCAUUAAAAGGUGUUCAUGAAUUGUUAACCUCUCUAUUAUUUCAUCUCCUUUUUACUGCUGUGGCAUGUGUUUAAAGGUGAUAAAUCACUUUUAGGGCAAUUCUUUGAAUGAGUUAAAAAUGAGAUGACGACACUUCUUCUCACGUUAGAAAAAUGAAUGUGCUAGAUGAUUUUUGUGGAUCCCCAUUCUGGGAUUCUAAAGCACUUCGGGAAUCGGACGAUCCAGACUUCACCCUGUGCUUUCAGUACACUCUUCUGACCUGGAUUCCCUGUGCUUUUCUUUGUUUAUUUGCCCCACUAGAAUGUUAUUUUCUGACGCAAUCUCGACAGAAAGAACUACCAUGGACGGGAACGAAUAUUACAAGAAUGGUGAUCGCUUUAGUUCUGGCUGUUCUGCAGAUUGCAAUAUUUUGCGAUGUUAUGAUUAAUAAGAAGAAUGAUGUGCAUUUCUCACCCCUUGUUCUUGCUGUUGCACUUAAAAUUUUCACCUUCAUCUUUGCUGUGAUUCUCAUGUUAUUUAACCGAAAGAAAGGCCGUCACACGUCUGGUAUUUUGUUCAUUUUUUGGAUGUUGCUCAUAAUAUGUGAAGCCUUUAUGUACAGAUCUUCAUUUUUACAAAUCAGAUAUAUUAAAAGUGCAGAUGAUUCAUCAUUCAUUGUGGAAAUGAUUUAUUUUCCUUUGGUAGUCACUGAAUUUCUCUUAUCGUGCAUUGCUGAUAUCCGAUACAAGACUGAAACAUCAAAAGGAAAAAGAAAAGAUAAUCCUGAAAUAAACGCUUCCUUUUUGUCCAAGCUUUUAUUCUGGUGGUUCAAUAAGUUGGCUGUUCUAGGUUGGAAGAAGCCUCUGACAGCCGAAGACUUGUGGGGUCUUAGUCCGGAUGAUUGCUCAAAAGCUGUUUUUGAAAACUUUCAGAGAAAUUAUCAGGCUUCCAAGUUUCAGAAAUCCACGCCUUCAGACAAGACCCACAAGACUACUUCCCUGAGUGAAGAUGUAGGAGAAGAGGAGACCAAAGUGGAUUUCAUUCUUCAUAAUGGUGUCCAGAAUCAGUCUAAGAAGAGAAUCAACAUAAUCAGAUCUUUAGCUAAAACCUAUGCUGGAUAUUUUAUAUUUGGAAGUAUAAGUAAACUUGUCUAUGAUUUACUUCAGUUUGCAAAUCCUAUCAUUCUUAGUUUGAUUAUAAAUUUUGUCAAAUCUGAUGAGCCAUUAUGGAUGGGCAUUUUCUACGCUGCUUUGUUUUACAUAAAUGGUCAAGUACAGUCUCUGAUUUUGGGUCAUUAUUUCCAGUCUAUGUAUGUACUAGGAAUGCGUAUUCGAACAUCUUUAAUUACUAUUAUUUAUCAGAAGUCUUUGGUGAUGUCAUCUGCUGCCAGGAAAGAAUUCACUGUUGGUGAAAUAGUGAACCUGAUGUCUGUGGAUUCUCAACGAUUCAUGGAUCUCAUGAUCUACAUUAAUCUCAUCUGGUCAGCCCCACUUCAAAUCAUUGUUGCUCUUUUCAUGCUCUUCAGGAUUCUUGGAUACUCUGUGUUGGCAGGAUUUGGCAUGUCUCUCAUCCUCAUCCCAAUCAAUGCGGUCAUUGCACAACAAACAAAAAAGAGACAGGAGAAACAAAUGAAAUGUAAAGACGAAAGAGUGAAGUUGAUUAAUGAGGUUCUCUCUGGAAUCAAAGUAUUGAAGUUGUAUGCGUGGGAGGAGGCGUUCAGGGAAAAGAUUGAGAGCAUCAGAAACAUAGAAGUGAAUCACCUGAAGAGCAUCGCCUAUCUGGGUGCAGUUGGAGCAAUGCUGUGGACUUCUUCGCCUUAUCUUGUUGCCCUUUGUACAUUUACUACUUACAUUCUUGUUAGCAAUGAAAGUGUACUUAAACCAGAAACUGCAUUUGUUUCAUUAUCUUUAUUUAACAUAUUGAGAUUUCCUCUCACCAUGUUGCCUCAUCUCAUAACCAAUAUGGUCAUGGUUAGUGUUUCUGUGAAGAGAAUCAAUAAAUUUUUGAACUGUGAAGAAUUAACAAAAUAUGUCACCUAUGAUUCUAACCAAAGAAAUGCUGUCCAAAUUCAAAGUGGCGAAUUUUCUUGGGACAUUUCAAAUCCUGAUGAUGCAAGUAAAAACAAAUCCAUUUUGUUGGACAUCAAUAUGAAUGUCCAGAAAAAAUCUCUGGUGGCAGUUGUGGGUCAAGUGGGUUCUGGAAAGUCCUCUUUACUUUCAGCUAUUUUAGGGGAAAUGGAACGAAUUCAUGGAAAAGUGGUAGUUAAUGGCAGCAUUGCAUACGUUUCCCAGCAGCCGUGGAUUCAAAAUUCUACUCUUCAAAACAAUGUUCUAUUUUCAAAACCUCUUUCGAAAAGGAUUUUUGAAGAAGUCAUUGAAUGCUGUGGUCUCAAACCUGACUUGGAAAUUCUUCCUGGAGGAAUCCAUACUGAAAUUGGAGAAAAGGGUAUCAAUUUGAGCGGAGGUCAGAAGCAGCGCGUGAGCAUAGCCAGAGCUGUUUACUCUGGAGCUGACAUUUAUCUACUGGACGAUCCUCUUUCAGCUGUGGAUUCUCACGUUGGAAAACACAUAUUUGAAAAAGUUAUCGGUCCAGAAGGACUCCUCAAGAAAAAGACUAGAAUUUUGGUGACUCAUUCAUUGACAUACCUGCCUCAAGUGGAUUACAUUUUUGUAAUGAAAGAUGGUUCUAUCGCAGAACAUGGGUCAUUUUUUGAACUGAUGGAACGUAAGGGACCUUUUGCUGAUUUCUUGAUUCAAUAUGGUAACCAAGCAGAUGAUUUUGAAGAGGUGGAUCCUAAAGUCCGGGAACUGAUGAGGAGUUUGUCUGAAAGAAGUGAUAUUCCAGAAGAGGAAAGUGGACAUCAUGGCUUAGAACUGGAUGACAGACGAUCUUCCUUGUCAAUCAAUAAAUCACCCGAAAGGCGAGCGGCCUCCAUCAGUCGAUCUGAACGUUCGAUAUCUAUCAGCAAAUCUGACGAUCAUUCCAUGUCUAAAGAGAAGUCUGCAUCACUGACCGUUGCUGGGGCAAAGUUGAUACAAGUAGAGGCAGCGGAAACUGGAGAGGUUAAAUUGUCAGUCUACAUAGAAUAUAUAAAGUCUAUUGGCUACAUAUGGAUUGUUCUUAUUCUGGUUGGUUUCAUUCUAUGGCAAGUGUUCUCUGUGGGUGCCAACAUCUGGUUGAGUGAAUGGGGAAAAGAUCCAGAACGGAAUGGAACUGAAGGCCUCCAUCAACGUGAUUUUAGAUUGACCAUUUAUGGAAUGUUUGGUCUUGGACAGACCGUUUUUGUGUUUGUUGGGACGAUUGCCUGUGCUUAUGGGACACUUCUUGCUGCAACAUCUCUUCAUAACAAUAUUUUAAUUAAUGUUCUGAAAUCACCCAUGUCUUUUUUUGAUACAACUCCACUGGGAAGGAUUGUGAACCGAUUUGGUAAAGAUGUGGAUACAGUUGACGUAACCAUUCCCCAAACAAUAAGGUCGUGGCUGGUCUGUUUCCUUCAAGUCUUAUCAACAAUAGUGGUUAUCAGCAUGCAGACGCCUUGGUUUUUACUCGUAACGCUUCCCAUUCUCAUAAUUUAUUAUCUUAUUCAGCGCUUUUACUUGUCAACCAGCCGUCAGUUGAAAAGGUUGGAAUCCAUCACUAAAUCUCCCAUCUAUUCUCACUUCUCUGAGACACUCUCUGGAACGAGUACCAUUAGGGCUUAUAAAAUGGAAGACAAAUUUUGUGAGCACUCCAAUACUCUGGUGGACAAUAACUUGGUCUGUUACUAUCCCAGUGUUGUAGCUAACAGGUGGUUAUCUAUCAGGUUAGAUUUCAUUGGAAACAUGAUAAUUUUCUUUGCUGCUUUGUUUUCUGUCCUUCAGAGAGAUAAUUUAGAUGCUGCAAAUGUGGGAUUGUCAGUCACCUAUGCUUUGAUGGUAACCCAAACACUGAGUUGGAUUGUUCGCAUGAGCUCUGAGUUGGAAACUAACAUUGUUGCUGUUGAACGAAUCAUUGAGUAUGCCCAUACUCCAACUGAGGCUGAAUGGAUAGUGAAAGACCAAGUUCCACAAAAAGAGUGGCCAUCGAGUGGAAACGUUGUUUUCAACAAUUAUUCUACGAGAUACCGAGAAGGUCUUGAUCUGGUCUUGAAGCAAAUAUGCUGUGACAUAAAAGAUGGUGAAAAAGUUGGCAUAGUUGGCCGAACGGGAGCUGGAAAAUCUUCUUUGACUCUUUGUCUCUUCCGCAUUAUUGAAGCAGUAGAUGGAACUAUUGAGAUCGAUAAGAGAGAUAUCUUUAAAAUGGGAUUGCACAGCCUCAGAUCAAAAAUUACAAUCAUUCCACAGGAUCCAGUAUUAUUUUCUGGAACUCUUCGAAUGAAUUUAGAUCCCUUUGAUUGGUACAACGAUGCACAACUGUGGGAGUCUCUUGAACACGCUCACUUGAAAAGUUUUGUUUCGGGCCUGGAGGAUGGAUUGAAUCAUGAAAUUGUUGAAGGUGGCGAAAAUUUGAGCGUGGGUCAAAGGCAGCUUGUGUGUCUAGCAAGAGCUCUGCUGCGCAAGACCAAGAUUCUGGUGUUGGACGAAGCGACGGCGGCCGUGGAUCUCGAAACAGACAGUCUCAUCCAGGAAACAAUUAGAGAAGAGUUUAAAGAUUCUUCCGUCCUUACCAUCGCUCAUCGUCUCAAUACUGUGAUGGAUUAUGACAGAAUCAUGGUUUUAAAUCAAGGCGCUGUUGCAGAGUUUGAUUCUCCCACAGCUUUGUUAGAAAAUAAAGAAUCCAUUUUCUAUGGGAUGGCCAAAGAUGCUGGACUUGUUUAAAUACUGCAAAGAAUAUAUUUUGCAGAAUCAGUAUUGCGUAGUUUUAUUUGAUCUUCAGAGAAGUGAGAAAAAUCAACUCUGAAUUUUAUUUUAUUUUAGUACGUUCAGUUAUUAUUUUAAUGUACUUAAUUUAUGUUUUAAAAAUGUAUUAUUUUAUUACAUUAAAUCGUGCUUUUUAUUCCA